AUGACUUCUUCCUUCUGGGCUUACUUGCCAAGUCCAAUGGCAACGAAUUCUGUACCAGCAGACCAUAUUAAACCGGAUGUUCCCUCUCCAUUCAGUCGAGCUCCUUCGGACCCUCUUCGACAACUCGAGUAUGUAGAAUUCCCUCUCCUUUCUAGCUUUCUAAGCAAGUCAAAUCGGUGCGGGAAAUACUCCUUAAGAAAGGAGUACCAAACCGACCAUGUAUGGUUUGUCUUGAAUACUGUGCCAAUCAAGGCAUGUAGAAUCCAUGCCCUUUAUGAUGGUGGCUGGUCACUAGACAUUUCAAUGCUGUCUAGGUUGCCAAAGCAUUUACAGAAUUGUGCCUAUUUGAGUGUUUUUGCAUGUGCAUGCUUGCGCGCACUUGUGUACGUGUUUCAGAAUUUAGGUGAGAUGAUGACUCUUGGGAUGAAUGAUGCGGCUAUUUCACCUAGUUUUAUUGAGGGAUUAACCCUGGAGGGUCCUGUCGGUCACACUGCACGGAAAAUAGCAUACCUGAUACGAUUACCGACUGAUGAGCACAGGUUAAAAGUGGGGAUUAGUUGGCUUACGAAGUCUGCCAUAGAUUCAGUCGCUUCAUUGCAGACUACUCUUACGAAAGUUCUUUCAGGCUCUUAG